AUGGGAAGGCAAAUACCGGUCAUUGAGCAGUUUUUCACCACCUACGGCAACGUCCUGGUCCUGGACGGGGUGAUCCAGUGCACGGAGCGGGACGAGUUCUCCUACCAGGAAAUGAUCGCCAACCUGCCCCUCUGCAGCCACCCCGACCCCCGCAAGGUGCUGAUCAUCGGUGGCGGUGACGGGGGAGUGCUGCGAGAGGUGGUGAAACACCCGACCGUGGAGUCUGUGGUGCAGUGCGAAAUCGAUGAGGAUGUGAUCCAGGUAUCUAAGAAAUACCUCCCAGGGAUGGCAGUGGGGUAUUCCAGUGCUAAGCUGACCUUGCAUGUGGGAGAUGGUUUUGAGUUCAUGAAACAAAAUCAAGAAGCCUUUGAUGUGAUUAUCACAGACUCGUCUGACCCCAUGGGUCCUGCAGAAAGCUUAUUCAAAGAAUCCUACUACCAGCUGAUGAAGACAGCACUGCGAGAAGAUGGGAUUCUUUGCUGCCAAGGUGAGUGCCAGUGGCUGCACCUGGAUCUCAUUAAGGAGAUGCGUCAGUUCUGCAAGUCUCUGUUCCCUGUUGUGGAAUAUGCCUAUUGCACCAUCCCCACGUAUCCCAGCGGGCAGAUUGGCUUCAUGCUCUGCAGCAAGAACCCGAACACAAAUUUCCGGGAGCCUGUGCAGCAGCUCUCACAGCAACAAGUAGAGGAGAGGAGUCUGAAAUACUACAACUCUGACAUUCAUCGGGCAGCUUUCAUUCUGCCAGAGUUUGCACGGAAGGCCCUGAGCGAUGUGUGAGCCUGAGAAGCUGCUUCCUUCCUUCAAGUUGGACCCUGAGAUCGUCAGUGAUGUGGUGGGGACCUUCCCAGCAGACUGCAGAUUUGCUCUCCACUGUGUGGGAUUGUUUAACCCUUUGCCAGCCAACAUUCCUUUUGAUGAUGUGUUAAAAGAUGAUGGGGCAUAAGCCAGAUAAGACUAUUGAAAAGGUCCAGUGACUUAUUGCAUGAGGUCAAAACUGUUCUUUCCAGUGCUGGAAACGUAAGAUGUCUUUUUCCUUUCUCUCCUCCCUGCACCCAUUCUAAAUUCUCCCCUCCCUGCGCCCCCCUCCCACCUCCACCCCCUGCAACUGACAUGAUAUAUUUAUAACUGACAUGUAUUUCUGUCUGGUGAUCUUCUGAAACCUGGGAAGAAUCCAGAAGAGUCACUGACUCAGCCUUAAGCACAGAGAGCGAGAGCUUUGUGCGCAAAGUUAGCUUGCUCUCUCCUAAUAGGAGCUCCCUGCUGCUGAGACGUUUUGACUGGUAACGGGUCUGAGCCUUCA